AUGGCUUUGAAAACUCACUUUGAAAUCUUACAUAUCCGGUUGAAGUCGUUCUUUGACACACUUCACAAGAAAUUAAAGACUUUACUACGACGAGAGCAAGAUUUGAUUAAUGCCCGUCCGGAUUCCUGGUUUCUGCCCUGGGAUACAGACCCCGAAGCUCCGACCUCGACUCGCGUGAACACCCACAGUCAAGCCAGUGUUGACAGCCGUGGUUUACCUGUGUCUUACCUUUCGGCGCCUUGGGACAUUUGUCCGACACCCAACACCGAGGAGAGCGACGAGUAUGAGCCUCCAGCUCCCUACAUGUACUCCUGCAACACAACGCCAUCUCUACCCCCUCUGGCUAGCGUUCACUUAAGUAGUCAGCCAGGUUAA